ACGGGUAAAUUAUGCAAAUGUUACGAGUGACGGUGUUCCUUAUUCUACCAUAAAUACGACUCGCUAACAACAGUCUCUCUCUUGAACGCCUUCAUAUCCAGCGAAAAGAGAUAUCAUUUUCGAGGAUCAUGGUCGAAUGAAGGCGUUAUGACGGCUUACGUCUUCAGACUUCUGGUCCAGAGACCUAAGCUGUGUUUUGGCUUACUGUUACUAGCUCAUACAAUACUGAUCAUCACUACAGCUGGACUAUAUUUUUCUGGCUACGAUAUUCUACCGGCGGAUUUCACACAAGUUCCUUUGAAUUUAGAAACGGAUGACCGAAAGUUGAGAGCUGAUGCGUGGAAAUUUGUCCGUCAGGACCCAACAGUUACUCUCAACCCUUUGGUCGUAGGGAAGCAAAAAGAGAGAAGCUCUCGAAGAGAUGUCCUUGAGAUCUUCUACGAGUUACGAGACGGGAACGUUUUCAGCAGAGAAAAUCUUAAGUUGAUCAACAAGACUGAAACAGAACUAUUCAAUAACAAAGUCUAUCGAUCAAAGUUAUGUCUUAUGGAAGGCAAUGGAAAAUGUCGUUUACCAAUGUCGAUUAUACGUUUUUUCGAUGGAAGUCUUAAGAUGAAGGAUCCAAUUUUUGAGGACCAUGAAUUUCGAAAUAUUCGAGAAAUCCUGAAGACAGCAAUUAAGUACAACACAACUAAAGCACAACUCGACUUUCACCUGUCAAAAGAUGCAGUAAUAGACAAAGCUAAGGCUCAUUAUACACGUACAUUGUUCUUUAUUGGUUAUCCAUUGAAAGGCUACUCUAAUACUGAAGACAGGGCAGAAGAACAAUGGGAUAAAAUCCAAGAAUUUGCUAAAACUGCUUUUGCUGAAGAACUCAACAAUAAAUACAAGAAUGGCGUAGGAUCAAUGAGAAUGUACUACUUCCUCCGCGCGCUCUUCUUCAAUGCUAUCUCAGAACAAGUUAUCUAUGAUUUACUUCUCGCUGGAGCAAGUUUUACAUUCAUUUUCCUAUUUAUGUUAUUUCAAACGCACUCCCUGUGGAUAACAGGCUGGGCUGUCUUCAGCAUUCUUAGCUGCUUUUUCGGUGCCAACUUUGUAUACAGAAUGAUCCUAGAUUGUCGGUAUAUCGGGAUUUUCCACGUGUUAUCUGUUUUUAUUAUUCUUGGCAUCGGUGCAGACGAUGUCUUUGUUUUCCUGGACACAUGGCGAGGAUCAGAUGAAAGAAGAUUCCCAAACUUAGCGGCCAAACUCUCGUUCGUUUACCGUAGGGCUGCAAGUGCCAUGUUUAUAACAUCCAUCACCACGAUGGUCGCCUUCACUACCAGCGUCUUUUCGCCUCUUCUUGGAGUCUCUACCUUCGGGAUAUUCUCUGCUUUACUUGUCUUUGUGAACUUCUGCUCUGUCGUGACCUUCUUCCCAACUGUUGUUAUCACGCAUGAACUCUACUGGAAGGACUGGCAUUGGAACUGCAUUUCCAUACCAGGAUGGACUGAAAAAGAAUCCCAUGUAAGCAGAAUGGAAAUUGAAACGGUCGAACAAGAACCUCACUGGACCGAGAAGUUCCAGCAGCCCCACAAACAUGUGGUCAAAUUCCUAGGAGGAACAUUUUAUUACAAAGUUGUUGGCCAUAAGGUUGUUCGUUGGAUCACUCUGUCCUUUUUUGCCAUUAUUAUUUCCUUAUCCGUUUUCUUUGCGAUGCAGCUGACGCCGGAUGAAGAUCAGGUGGCCGUGUGGGGAAAGGGUACUAACUGGUACAGUAUCAGAAAACUAAGACAACUGGCCUUCAUGCCAAGCCAAGAAGACAAGGUGAUUAAAGUCAACCUUAUGUGGGGCUUGAAACCACAGAACAGGGACAGCUGUCAUUAUACGGAUUAUAAAUGUAAAGGAAAGACUGUGUUUGAUGAAUCUUUUGAUCUCAAUCCGCCACCUUGUCAGAUGGCUGUUCUGGAAUUUUGUCAAGAAAUCAGACUGAUGCCUCAAGAACUAGUCGAUAAGCUCAGGAUCCGUCGCAAUGCAGUUACAGGAGAAAUUGAAGCACAUUGCUUUGCUGAAAGUAUGAAUGAUUUUCUAAAGGUCGAAGGCAACAAGACUAUGUAUCCCAACAGUACCAACUUUACAAUGCCAAUCACAGCAAGGAAGGCCAAAACGCUGAUGCGCUAUCAUCCGCGCGUAUAUGACAUGACCAAGUUAACAGACACAUACUACAGAUACUAUGAAGUGAUGAUGGGAUUCUGGUUGACUAAAGGGAACCAAACGUACAGUAGUCAUGACUACAUCACGUACAGCAGGCUGCUGGGAGGGGCUCUAGAUGAGACAGAAACCGCUGGAAAACCAAACUUUGAUGGUAAUCGUUUUGGCAACAGAUUGCUGUUUGCAUCGAUAGAAAUCAACACAACCAUGGUCCCGACGAGGAUUGGUCAUGUGGAAGGACUUGCUAUCUAUGACCAUUGGGAAAACUUCAUGAACAAUAAGAUGAAAACUAUGCCUUCCUCAUGCCGCAAUGGGUUCCAGGCCACCCCAUCAGCACACAACGCGUGGCACUGGAUGAAAGUACAAGAGAUCCUUGCAAGCACCGCUGUCCGAGGAAUCCUAAUGAGCCUGGGUCUAGCUAUCGGGCUUCUGACCUUAAUGACAACGAACUGGAUUGUGGGAUUGAUGGCUGGAGCUACAAUAGCUUGCAUUACAGUAGGUGUAGUUGGGUUUAUUCCAAUGAUAGGAUGGAAACUAGGCGUCCUCGAGUCUCUAAAUCUAACUCUUGUAGUCGGGCUCGCUGUGGACUAUGUCGUUCACUUAGCAGACGGUUAUGUUCGUUCGCCUCAUCAUUCUCGACAAGAAAAGAUCAGAGAAGCUCUUGGUUCUGUUGGAAUAUCUGUGCUGUCCGGUGCUUCUACAACAUUAGGAGCAUCUGUCUUCAUGUUGGCGGCCAAAAUAGUGUUUUUCUUCCAGUUUGGGAUCUUCAUGUUCGUCACGAUCGGACUCUCUAUUUUGUACGCUCUGUUCUUCUUCACAACCCUGUUAGCUUUAGUAGGUCCCAAUGGAAAUACAGGCUCGAUUCUUACAGUCUGGGGAUUCAUUAAGUCAAUGUUCUGCGAGGUAAAAGAAGAAAAGGAAACCCCGAUGUUAUGUGAUCAAUGCGGUAAUAGAAUAAUCCCCAAAUCUCCCGAGAGGUUAGUGUAUGGAACCACAAGUUACACCUCUGCCGUGUGAAGUCAUGGUAACUAUAGCAACGGCAUGUGGCUCCGACACUAAGAUACAAUGAAUGGUAGAGCUUUUGCAAGGACAUAUACCUUGAAAUAACCUUAAAUAUUGAGGAACUUCCCGAUUUAGUGACAAAUGUCGUAGAAAAUUGAGAAGUAAUUUUUUGAAAACUUAUUCAAACUGGCUGAUUGGCUAAGCUUAAUAGUCAUUGUAUACAAACAUACUUAUAAUUGGCUAAGCUUGAUAGUCACUGUAUACGAACUUGAUUCUGAUUGGUUAAGCUUUACAUUCACUUCACUGUAUACAAGCUGGCUUCUUAUAUGCUGCCAUGUAUACAAGCCUACUUAUAAUUGGCUAAGCUUGAUAGUCACUGUAUACGAACUUGAUUCUGAUUGGCUAAGCUUUACAUUCACUGUAUACAAGCUGGCUUAUAAUUUACUAAACUCAAGUGCUAUUAGGGAUCGGAUACCAGCGUGCUUCUGAUUCGAGGAGGCAUGAAGUGAACAUUUUUUAUUUUCUUCACACGUCAAAGACUAAUUUAUAUUUGAGUGGCGAUUUUUUUCUUUAGUAUUUAAAAUCCAAAAAUUUUGAUAAAGGAUAUGAGAUAUUUGACGGAGUAUUUAAUUUUCCAAAAUUUGCCACAUUUCAAAAUUAUUUUUGAAGAGUUACAUAAUAUAUUAAAUAGAAUGAAAGAAAAAGAAUGAACGAAUAGAUAGAUGAAUGCAUGCAUCUUGAUGGAUGAACGGACGGGCGAAUAGUUGGUCGAUGAAUACAUACGACGAAUCGACGCGGGAUGGAGAAAUGGAUGAAUGGAUAAAUGCAUGAAUGCAUGCGUGAACGAGUAGACGGAUGGGUGGGUAGAUAGUUGACCGCGAAUGGAGGAGUAGUUGGGUGCCGGUGUUCUAUAUCGACUCGUUAAUAAAUAUUAUAUAGAACCACUGUAUUUAUGAUAAUUGGAAGGUCUCAACACAAAGAGCGCUGGCGAUACAAGUGUUGUUGAUUAGUGAUGAAUGCAGAUUUUGCAGGAUUCCUAGACCUUACAUUAUAAUCCUAUCGUACAAGGCUAGUCUCGAUGUAGCUAGCGCAUGUACACUAAGAGGAAAUGUUAAAAUUUUUGAAUCAAAAUACACUUUGCACGUGCAUGAACGAUGGUCUGAUGAUUCAGGGUUAAUGUCAACAUUAUGGUGCCUUGUUUACUGCGGUUGUCCAUAUUCUGCGAACUCAGACAUUUCAGUCGACAGCUCGUUGCGUAAUACUAGACCGUUUUCUCAAGUUUGCGUGCGCAUCCUAAUUUAAGGAACUUGACGAGCAACGACACCAAAUCACGAGUAUUAUCAUGCAUUGCUGUGAAUUUUUCUUUUGAUAAGAAUUCAUAAAAUUGAUUAUUCUCCUCUUUAAAUAUAAAACUGGCUUCGCAUUUUUAUUGAAGUUGUUUUUUCAUUUUUGUGGUCCGUUAAGUUGGAUGCGAACACAACCUUGAGAAAACGCUCUAAUCACUGUCGCCAGUCAACAACAUAAAAGGUACCGACUAAUUAUUUUUGAUUGACGACAGAGAAAAACCAAAUUUCAGCGUGCAGCUUGUAACUACCAAGUUUGGAGAAUAUCGCAAACCGCAGUAAAAUUAUCUUCUCCAGACUUGAGAUAAUUAUUUAACAAUAACGAAUAGUUUAGAUAUAAUAUAUUAGUGUGAAAACAAAACGAUUUGCAUCUUUUUAGAAUGUUGUGACGCAGGUCUAUGCAAGAGAUGGAUAUGACUUUAGCUAGAUGUGAUGCUUUCCCAUUUUACACCACUUGUCAUUCCCUUGAGAAUAGGACUCUUGUGUUUGAUUUGUAUCCUCAUGUUAGUGUCUUUUCGACAUGUAGAGCCGUUAAACAAAGAAGUAAUGCUUAAGCGAAAAGCACGCGGUCUUUAACGAGACAUUGGACAUAGAGAUAAAUAGACCUCCUUAGCUUGGGCAGAAUGUUUUUCCGUUACACAUCACGUGUCAUUUCCUUGAUAGUAAGAUUUUUUGUUAGUUGUAUUGUAUCUAUAUUCACGUCACGUGUUUUCUCUUGCGCAAACGUUAAACAAGGUAAUGGUACUCUAGGGAUUGACACGUGGUAAGAGAAAUGAACUAAUGACCGUGAUACGAAAGGGGGGAAAUUACGCUAAAAGCAUCUAUUGUAAAAGAGAACUCUUCAACUGUAUGUGCUUUGUUUGAGCCAAGAAACAAAUCAAAACUUUCAAUCGCAAGUGAACUGUUUGCUAGAUAUAAUCAAAAUACAAAACAAUAAACAAGACCUUUGUGUA